AUGGAUACACCAGAAGUUUUGAAUCAAAAUUUUGAUUCUAUCUUAUUCUUUUCAAUUAUUAUAUCUCUCAUCACAUUCUUUUUUUGGAGUAGACCAGGUACACAAUUUUUAUCAUAUCUUAGUGGUUCAAGAAAUGGAAGUAGCUCAAUAAGCAACAAUAGAAUAAAUAAUAAUACUAAUAACAAUAAUAAUGGCCCCAACUUGGGUAAUAUUGAUUUUUCAGAAAGUAAUAGUAACAAUACAAGUAGUAAUAAUGAAAACAGUAAUAUACAAACAACAGCAACAGCAACAGCAACAGAUAAUGAUACUCCAAUAAUACAACCAAUUGAGAGACCAACAGAACCAUAUCAAGAGAAUUUUACAUCAGAUAUUGAUGAUUUAGUUAAAAUUAAUAUUAUUCAAUCAGAAACAGUUUAUCAUAGAACAUUUAGACAAUCUAAAAUUUUAAAAGUUUAUGAUUUAAAAAAAUAUUUUUAUCCAAAAGAAAUUCAAGAUAAUAAAAGAAUUUUAUUUAUAUAUAAUGGUAGAGCAAUGAUUGAUAAUCAAUUUUUAUCAACUCAUCCAAAUUUAUUGAAUGGUGUUAAUGGACCGGGUUUCGUUCAUUGCUUAAUAAAAAAUCCUUUAACCGCUGAUCAAGUUGAUAAUAAUGGUAGUGGUGGCGGUGCUGGUGGUGGUUAUUAUAAUACAAAUAGCUAUGGUUUUGGAAGUAACAGUAAUGGUGGUAAUACAAAUUAUGUUGGUGGUAAUGUUGAUGGAAGAGGUUAUAACAAUAAUGAUUUCUUUACUUGGAUGUGUACUAAAACACUUUUUGGUUUAACUGGUUUGUUUUUAGCAUUAUUAUGGGGUCUUCAAUUUACAAAUCCAAAACUAUUCAAUUUAUUCUCUUCUGUAAUGUUAUUCAUUUUCACUAUCUUUUGGGGAUUUGGUUUUUAUUCAUCUUUAAAACCAAAUUUAAUUUAUCAACAACAACAACAACAGCAAUCACAACAACAGCAACAGCAACAACAACAACAACAACAACAACAAUCACAACAACCAAAUACUCAUUUACAUAAUGAUUAA